UUUCAAAGAAACAAAAAAACGUGUUUGCCUGUGCAAAAGGUUUCUCCUUGCUGUCAGGUGAGGUCGGCGCUAAGUAACGGACGCCAGCAAAAUUAGAACAAAAUCCCUCUGUUUAAUUAGCCCACCUCAUUGAAACAAACAACAAUCAAAACCCAAACCCUCAUCUCCUCCAAAGCCCCUUUCCUUCCCUCGUCCUCAUAUAUAUCCGGAACCCCGAAAAAAAGGCACCCCACAAUUUUCUCUCAGAUCUCAAUACCCCUUUAUCGUCUGUCACCAACGAAAGCAGAAGCAAAGCAAUUUAAUUUAAUUUAGGCGGUGUUUUUUUGUGUUCUGUAGAAAUAGAUCAUCAAAGAAGAAGAUCCAAUUGUUAUCGUUGUGAAUGGUGGAAAUCUUAAGUAGUAGUAAUUACAUGCUCUCCCUUUGUCGAUCAAGGGCGGGCGUUGUCUCUGUGGCCUCUGCUUUUGCUUUCGGAUCUUGCAAGGAAGGCUGGUACUAUCGUUGCAUCGGUGUCGACCCGUAAACAGAGAAAAACCAGGAAAAAAGGAACUUGUUCUUGCUGAUUUUUAAUAACAACAACUACCCAGUUCUUGAUUAUUUGUUUUUGUUCAAAGAAAGCAAAAAAAAAAAAAAAGCCAAUUCAAAACUUUUUUGUUCAGAUUUUUCUAUUUUUUUUGUCGGUUGUUCGAGAGAAAAACAAAAGGAAAAACAAUGUUGCUUUACAAGCAGAAGAAGAACCAGGUAGCCAAGGGCAAAAGGUUCUUGCUUAGCGUGACGGUGUUGGGGAGUGCAGGACCGAUCCGGUUUGUUGUUAACGAGGAGGAGCUAGUGGCUGCUGUUAUUGAUACUGCCUUGAAGUCUUAUGCGCGUGAGGGUCGCCUUCCAAUUCUAGGCUCUGACCUCAAUGAUUUCUUGCUUUACUGCCGCAAUGCUGCUUCUGAUGCUAUAAGCCCCUGGGAAACAAUUGGAUCACUGGGAGCUCGCAAUUUUAUGCUAUGCAAGAAACCACAGCACUUGAAAGCGGCGGAUGAUGGAAGAUCCACUGCAGCAUUUGCCCAGAAGGGGGGGAGUGGGAGCUGGAAGGCAUGGAUUAACAAGUCUCUCAAUCUUAAGAUAUCCCCUCGUUGGAUAUCAUAUAUUCUCAUCAAGUAACUUUUCGAAGUAAUGGAAUUUGAUUCCAAUUUCAUUUAAGUUUUGCCAAGUUGUUGGAUUUGGUCAUCUUAUUAGUUGGUGUGGUUGUUUGUUUUCUUGGUUAUGUCCCCUUGGGGUUUCUGUUCCGGUUUGAGUUGGGAGAACUGCGAAUAAUUCCUGAUUGUUCAGGGAAUCAAUCAAAUUGUUCUCCUAUUUUUCUUUGGAUAAAAUAGACAGUCAUCUCUGGUUGUCUUUAGUAAUUUCCUUUCUUCUUAUCAAUUUUGGUUUGCAUCUUGAAAUGGAAGUAAAUCGUUUGGUA